AUGAGCUCAAACUUGGAUGAUUAUGAGGAUCUUGAUGAUCUUUUGGAAGACCCCUCCAAACUAGAUGAGGAACAGGUUUCGGGCCAGGGGCCAAUUGAUGAAACUAAAAAAUCGAUUAGCAACGGCGAUCCAGAGAUGGCCGGUGUAAUUGAGGAUUUGCAAGGAGAGUUUGCUAAAUUGAUGCAGAAUAACAACGGUGAAUCGCAAGAGGAUACAAAAACUGCAGAGGAUUUCAAGCAGUUGCUCAAUACUUUGGGCGAAGCAGCUUCAACGUCCAGUGGAACAACGCGCAAAUCAGAGGGUCUGAGUGCGAACCAGGGUGCCAAGCCCGGCGAGAAUGGGUUCAAGGAUAUUGUUUCAAAUACGCUUGAUCGGUUGAAGGAAAGCGGUACAAAAGUAGAUACAAACUUGAUGGAGGAAAAGAAGAAGGGUAAUUCCGAUGAUAUUUUAUCGCAACUACUAGGACAAUUGGUCGAAGGAGACGGCGAUGAAGACGAAGAAGGUGUUGAAAAUGCAAUUCAGAGUAUGCUCAAUCAAAUGUCCGCAAAAGAGGUUUUGUAUCAGCCGAUGAAAGAAAUGCAAACCGAGUUUACAACCUGGAUGGAUGUUAACGAACAUCUCGAAGAGCAUGCUGAUAAGAUUGAAUGCUACCGAGAACAAAUGGGGCUUGUGACCAAAGUUGUUGAGGUGUAUGAAAGAGAAGACUACGAGGACGGUAAAUUUCGAAACGAGGUGGGGCAGUUGCUGGAUCAGCUAGAGCAGCUUGGCGACUCGCCCGUCAGCAAAGGCUUCAGCAAUCCGGACACCGCGAAUCUCGAUAAAUUGCUGGAUAUCGAAGGAGGAGACAACUUGGGGAACAUCGACAAAGAUCUGCAGGAUACAUGCCAACAACAAUAG